GUACUUUGGACUUCCUGGAUCAAUUUGACAAAAAGUCUAUUCAUAAGAAGAGAUCUUCAACCGAAAAGUGGCAACAUAUAAGGAAUAUCACAAAAGCUUGUCAUUCGUGCAAGAAAGGUGAUACUCAAAAGACAAAUG